UUUUUAAGCAAGCAGAUCUGAACCUCUAGAAAGGAUUAUUCCUAAACCGUCUCCAAAGGUUGAGGGGACAAAAAUCUUUGAUUUUCCCAGCGCUGUCUGAGGCUCAGCUUGGCGACAUUCCCUAGAAGAACAUGGCAGAAAAUGCAAUGGAGGCCGGAGGGGAGCGCUUUUUUAAACAAAGGCAAGUCCUGCUUCUCUUUGUUUUUCUGGGUGGGUCUCUGGCUGGGUCCGAGUUGAAACGUUAUUCUGUGGCUGAGGAAAAAGAGAGGGGCUUUUUAAUAGCCAACCUAGCAAAGGAUCUGGGGCUUAGGGUAGGGGAGCUAUCUGCGAGGGGGGCCCAAGUUGUGUCCAAAGGGAACAAACAGCAUUUUCAGCUCAAUCAUCAGACCGGUGAUUUGCUCCUGAAUGAGAAAUUGGACCGGGAGGAGCUAUGCGGCCCCACAGAACCAUGUAUGCUGCACUUUCAGAUAUUACUGCAGAACCCUUUACAGUUUAUUACAAAUGAGCUACAGGUCAUAGAUGUAAAUGACCAUUCCCCGGUAUUCUUUGAAGAUAAAAUGCAGCUGAAAAUCGUAGAAAGCACCCCGCCAGGAACAGUAAUUCCUUUGGGAAGUGCUGAGGACUUGGAUGUGGGAAGAAAUAGUCUCCAAAACUACACGAUCGCUCCAAAUUCCCAUUUCCACGUACUGACACGCAGUCGUAGGGAUGGAAGGAAGUACCCAGAGCUAGUGCUGGAUAAAGCGCUGGAUCGGGAGGAGCAGCCAGAACUGGUUUUAACGCUCACGGCGCUGGAUGGCGGCUCUCCACCACAGUCUGGGACAGCCCAGAUUCACAUCCUGGUCUUAGACAUAAACGACAACGCCCCAGAAUUUGCACAGUCGCUCUAUGAGGUUCAAAUUCUAGAGAACAGCCCCAUUAACUCUGCCAUUGUUACUGUCUCAGCUUCUGAUUUAGAUACAGGAAAUUUUGGGGCAAUAUCAUACGCAUUUUUUCAUGCUUCUGAAGAAAUUAUCAAAACUUUUCAACUAAAUCCAAUUACUGGUGAAAUGCAACUAGUCAAAUAUUUGAAUUUUGAAGCGAUUAAUACUUAUGAAGUCGACAUCGAAGCCAAAGAUGGCGGAGGCCUGUCGGGAAAAUCUACAGUCAUAGUUCAGGUGGUUGACGUGAACGACAACCCACCAGAACUGACUUUGUCGUCAGUUAACAGCCCUAUCCCUGAGAACACUGGAGAGACUGUAGUGGCUGUCUUCAGUGUUUCUGAUCUGGACUCUGGAGACAAUGGAAAAGUGAUGUGUUCCAUCCAAGACAAUCUCCCCUUCCUCCUGAAACCAUCUGUAGAGAAUUUUUACACUCUAAUGUCAGAAGGACCGCUGGACAGAGAAAGCCAAGCCGAAUACAACAUCACCAUCACC